AAUCUCCUCUAAUCUGUCCAUGGUUCCGAUUGAAAAAAGUGAUAGUGAUAAGUUUUGCCGGAUCCCCAUUCAACGCCUUCACUAUCAUUAUAUUAUUUCUCUUAUUUAAUCAAGCUCCCUAAUUCUGUCAUCAAAUCAGUCAUGGCAGCGUUUGAAGAAUUGGGUGUCAUUCCAGAGAUCGGGAAAGCCAUAGAAGAAAUGGAUUGGAUGUUACCCACUGAUGUUCAGGCUGAGGCAAUACCCUUAAUUCUUGGCGGGGGAGAUGUUCUUAUGGCAGCUGAGACGGGAAGUGGCAAGACUGGAGCCUUUUGUUUGCCUAUUAUUCAGAUCGUCUGGGAAACUUUGAAAGAUUUGGAAAGUGGGAAAGCUGUAAAAGUUGCAGGAUCAGAUAAAUCAUCUCCACUUUGGCUCUUGAAUGUUUGGGACCGUAGCUCUGCCAUGGCCAUCACUCCUGAUGGCUUGAGGUGUCAGUCGCGUGAUCAGAAACAGUGGAAUGGUUGUCGGGCCAAUAAAGGAGUCACAUCAAGGGGAAAGUAUUACUAUGAGGCAACUGUCACGGAUGAAGGACUGUGCAGAAUUGGCUGGUCAACGUCAGAGGCAACGUAUGAUCUUGGUACAGAUCGUUUUGGAUUUGGGUUUGGUGGAACGGGUAAAAAAUCAAAUAACAAACAGUUUGAUGACUAUGGUGAAGCAUUUGGUAUGCAUGAUGUAAUUGGUGCCCAAUUAGAUCUUGAUAGUAAUACAAUACGCUUCAGAAAAAAUGGACUCGACCUUGGCGAAGCAUUCAAGAUCCCGGCUCAGCUUAACAAUCGCACAUUCUUUCCAGCGGUGGUUCUUAAGAAUGCAGAAAUGUCAUUUAACUUUGGUGCGCAGCCUUUCAAAUUCAAGCCUCCCCCAGGAUUCACCCCUAUCAGCCAAGCUCCAAAAGAAUUAGUCAGAAAUUCUGAAGUCAGUCCUGGAUCUAGUGGCCCUAAAAUUCUGAAGAAGAUUAACAGUGCUCCGCAGGCUAUUAUCAUCGAGCCAUCAAGAGAAUUAGCAGAACAAACAUAUAAUCAAAUAGAAAAAUUUAAGAAAUACGUAGAAGAUCCAAAAAUUAACGCUCUUUUGAUCAUUGGAGGCGUUAGUGUCAAGGAACAGAUGGCUCAACUGUCCUCAGGUGUUGAUAUUGUCGUGGCAACUCCUGGAAGAUUAGAAGAUCUGAUUAGUGGUGGCCACUUAUCACUAACGCACUGUCGAUUUUUUGUCCUGGAUGAAGCUGAUGGACUUCUCAAACAAGGAUACACAGAGUUUAUUGACGAGCUUCACCGACAAAUUCCCAAAGUGACCGCUGAUGGGAAACGCCUUCAAAUGAUAGUCUGUUCAGCCACACUUCAUGCCUUUGAAGUCAAGAAGAUGGCUGAUCGACUCAUGCAUUUCCCAACAUGGGUCGAUCUGAAAGGAGAGGAUGCCGUGCCUGAAACUGUGCAUCAUGUUGUUGUGAUGGUUGAUCCACAAAAAGACAAGUCAUGGCAAAAUAUCAAACGCCCUAUCAGAACUGAUGGAGUGCACAGAGAGGAUAGCAUCCGACCCAACAACCCAAAUGCAGAGUGUCUCUCAGAAGCUGUAAAAAUGCUCAAGGGUGAAUAUUGUGUUCGUGCGAUUGAAAAACACAAAAUGGACAAAGCAAUAAUCUUCUGCCGUACUAAAUUAGAUUGUGAUAAUUUGGAGAAGCAUCUCAUUCAAGCAGGAGGAGGUCCCAGUAACCGUAAGAAUACCUACUCAUGUGUUUGUUUGCAUGGUGACCGUAAGCCAAAUGAACGUAAAGCUAAUUUGGAGGCCUUCAAGCGAGGAGAAGCCAAAUUUCUUAUAUGUACUGAUGUUGCUGCACGAGGUCUUGAUGUGACUGGUCUCCCAUUCAUGAUCAACAUCACAUUACCGGAUGAGAAGUCUAACUAUGUACACAGAAUCGGACGUGUAGGUCGUGCAGAGAGAAUGGGAUUGGCCAUCUCUUUAGUUGCAUCUGUCCCUGAAAAAGUUUGGUAUCACGGAGAGUGGUGUUCUUCCCGUGGCCGGAAUUGUUACAACGCAGCAUUAACGGAUCAAGGAGGAUGCUGUAUAUGGUAUAAUGAACCAAGAUACUUAGCUGAGAUUGAAGAUCAUCUGAAUGUCACAAUUCAGCAAGUCGAACCUGAGUUGGAUAUUCCCGUUGAUGAGUUUGAUGGAAAAGUUGUUUACGGACAAAAACGAUCCAAUCAAGGUUCGAACUAUGAAAAUCAUGUGGAGCAGAUGGCACCAGCUGUUAAAGACCUAUCAGCAUUAGAGAGUAAAGCUCAGUUAACUUUUCUUCAAAGAUCCUAUUCUCGACUUAGAACUGCAAAAAUUUAACUUAAAUCGAGUCCCAAGAAUUUCAUCCUUGCUUGCGUACUUUUAACUCACUUCUUGCCUGUGAUUACCAUCUAGUUCAUUUGAUGUAUUGGUUGCCACAUUGUCUGGUAUACCUUUCUUUGGAUGCCACAGGUUGUCUGGCUGUUUCAACAAUGGUAAGAACUGUAAUGAAGAUAUCUCUCUCUCUCUCUCUCUCUUGCACACACACACAAAAAAAAACCAGUUUUUUUGUCGGGUAACUUAGUAACUAGAAAGUGCCUGGCAAGCACUGUCCACGGGCUUUGAUUAUGUUUAGUGUUCGGCUGACAGUAAUGGAAACAUUUUCUCUUGAGUCUAGAGAUCGAAUAGUGUUCAUUCCUCUCAAUAUGACCUACAGAACAUCAGCAAAACUGUAUUUCAAUUAAUAUAUGAAUCAUGGGAAAACAUUUUUACAUGUGGAUGUACGAAACAGAUUUUCCUGUAAAGAACUGCGCAUCUGCAUGUAGAGUUAAGACUCCUCACCUUGAAGUUUUCAUCUCCUGGCCUGAGAUAAAGAAUUUAGAGGUAGCAUACAGUCAGAGCAAGAACUCUGUUAAAUUUGAUACCAUGUGACUUUUUUUUCAGCAUCCAAAGAAAAUAAAAGCAUUUUCUUCGUGAAAAAA